AUGAUGGAGUCCCUGGCCGAAAGCUCUGCUUCUUUGGCUUGGCUGGCGAUCAGAAGAAAUGGCGAAGACAGGGGCAACAGGUUUGCCUCUACGAUUGAUCCACUGGAUGACCAAACUUCUUUGUCCAUGGGAUCGGCCCACUACCUGAACUUCUUUGGCGAUUCUCCGUGGGAGCUGUGUGGCCGUGAAAGCCAUGAAGAUCUCAGCUCCAAUAGAACUACCGGGUUCUGUAGAUCUCGGGAUCUUUAG